UUAUUUAAAACUCGAAAAUUAACCUUAAUUUGCUGGAGAACCAAAAUUUUAGCUGAAUUCCAGUUUUAAAUCACAGGGGAAGGUAACCCAAAUUAACCUUCAUUUCUGGAAAAAUGUAGCUUCAGGGCUCCAGAGCUCCGAAGCUACAUUUCUGUUCCGGAAAACAGCCCCGGUGUUGGUUCCUCCAACAUACCCGAUCGAUCACGCGUGUUGGCCCCCCCACGCGGCACUGGAGCCCGUAUCUUAUCGGGACUUGAUCGGGCUGCCGCACGUUCAGCGGACAGCCGGUGAGGGUGUUGUGCGUCUGCAUACCAUGGCGUACUGUUACGAGAAUCUUCGUAUGCAGAUGGACGCCACCAAUCACCCGAUGACAGGAGAAACACAACAACAGCAGCACCCGCCCCAAGAAACCCAACGAAGCGAGGUACAGCAGGGUGAGCGCCUUCGCUGCGAGGCGCGGCAGUCGCCAUCGGUGGAACAGCAGCUUGGGCGUCCCGUGGCAGAUGCGGUCGCAGAGAGGUUGCAGCAUCAGCAGAGAGAGAGGCGAGAGGAGGACCGUCGCCAGCAGGAGGAAAAGCUUUUGGCUCCCGCGCGGAACGCGGCCGUUAUACCGGAGCGAGCUUCCCCGACGCCGUGGGUGCUGAACGGGCAUCACGAUGGAUCAGACGGUGCCACGCAAGCCGGCACCCCAUCGAUUGCCGGGGCCAACCUCGCGACAACUUCCGCCCCUCCUUCAGCGGUGGUCACUUCUACGGCGCCGAGAGGACCACCCGCCUUCACCGCCGCUCCCGCGCCCGCCCCUCUCGCAGCGGCACAGGCUGCGGCGGGAGCGGCGGCGGGAGCGGGGGCACUUCCUGCCACCGGCUCUUCCGCCCCUCCGGCGCCGGGAGGACUACCCGCCUUCACCGUCUCUCCCGCUUCCUCUCCCGCGUUCGCCCCUCUCGCUGCGGCACAGGCUGCGGCGGGAGUGGCGGCGGGAGCGACGCUCGGCGUUCGCGCCACACCAGCAGCGGGAGCGGGGGCACUUCCUGGCAUCGGCUCUUCCGCCCCUCCGGCGCCGGGAGGACUACCCGCCUUCACCGCCGCUCCCGCUUCCUCUCCCGUCCGCCCCUCUCGCGGCGGCAGGAGCGGACGUUCUGCGUGGGGUAUGUGCCUCGAGGAGAUUCUGAGUCGGAUGAGGAGUACCAGGGCUGGCGGGUACACGGGGCGUAAGUUUUACUGGAAAACCACGGACGCCGAGUACAAUAGGACUCAGAGGCCGCUUUUCCAAGCCGUCGCCGCAAAGUGGCUGGAACUUCCGCUCGAAGACAGGAGGAAGUGGGGAUGCGCAAACGACGGCGAUGCCACUUUCCCGACAAAGAACACCUCCAAGCACUUCAUCACCAACGCCAAGAACGAGUGGCAAAAGAAGAAGUCGCAGAGCACUUCCACUGGGCAAUUCUGGAACUCCAUGUCCCCAAUCAUAUCAGCGAUACAGGAGAUAGACAAGGCUUCCUCCAACGACGGAGACGGUACAAGCGCCAGGAACGAGUCAACCGACCAAGCGCAAAAGGCCCGCGCACAGCGGCUGGAAGAUGCGAGAAACCAAGCCGCAGCGGCUGGCAACGUCGGUGACAUGAUGGAAAGUCUUCAAGCCCAGGCCGAGAGCAUGUCCCAAGGCAACGGGAAGACAGUAGAGCUCGCUGAAAAGCAAGCGGCUCUCGCCCAGAGAGCCUUGGAUGCGCAGGAGGAAAGCGCGGAGUACGCCAAGGCCCGCGAUCAGAAGACUGACGAUUAUCGGCGGCAGCAAACCAAGAUGGCUGAGGACCGUUUCGCCCAAGCCAACGUGCAGCACGCCGAAAUGAUGGAUGUCUUGUCAAACACGCUCAAGGCACCACCGGGCGGCGUCAUCACUCAGUGGGAUUCGUACGAGGAGUUUUGGGUGGCGCUUCCCAACAUUCCCGUCGCCGUUCGCGACAUCAUCAUGGAAAACGUGCCAAGCGUUGACGAGCUCGUGUCCAUGGCCGAAGACAAAAACUUUUGGGAGACGUUGAAGGAGGCGAAUGUGCCAGUUCUUGUGGCGAAGAGACUUGCUAAGUUUGUGCAGAAAUCUUGCUACCUGACGUAGGAAUUUAGUUAUAACCCGAGUUCAAGCAGCUCCUCUCUCCUACCCGUCCCACGCCUUACGUGUAGUCUUUGUCCAGUGAGCAG